AUGGAAUCCACUGGAUGUUUGAACAACUGCCCAUCCAAUCAGAGCAUCUAUGAAGCUGGCCAUAGGAACAGCUCCAAUUUGACUUCUCAGUUCAGCGGGGUGCAGAUGAUCCAAUCUUUUAAACCACUGAUCAUCCCUUGCUACACGCUGGUUGUCCUUGUGGGCAUCGUUGGCAAUUAUCUCCUCCUCUAUGUCAUCUGUAAGACUAAGAAAAUGCACAAUGUCACCAACUUCUUCAUCGGAAACCUGGCCUUUUCAGACAUGCUGAUGUGUGCAACCUGCGUACCUUUUACUUUGGCUUAUGCCUUCAACCCCCAAGGAUGGGUCUUUGGAAAGUUCCUCUGCUAUUUUGUGUUUCUGAUGCAGCCCAUGACAGUAUAUGUGUCCGUUUUCACCCUCACAGCUAUUGCAGUGGACAGAUAUUAUACCACCAUGCACUUUCUGAAGAAACGCAUCUCCUUCGUGACCUGUGUAUACAUCAUUGCUGGCAUCUGGCUACUGUCCUGUGCUUUGGUUGCCCCAGCAAUUUCCCACACAUACCAUGUGGAGUUCCAAAAGGAAGGCUUUGCCAUCUGCGAGGAGUUCUGGAUGGCGGAGGAGAAAGAACGGCUGGCCUAUGCGUACAGCACCUUGGUCCUCACGUACAUCCUCCCCCUCUCAGCUGUGUCCCUCUCCUACAUCUGCAUCACCAUCAAGCUGAAGAACCGCAUUGUACCGGGUCAUCUGACGCAAAGCCAGACCGAGUUUGACCGCCUGAGGAAGAGAAAGAUCUUCCGCCUGCUCGUGCUGGUGGUUGUUGCAUUCGCCGUCUGCUGGCUCCCCAUCCAUGUCUUCAACAUCAUCCGCGACAUAGACAUCAACCUCAUCAACAAGGACUAUUUCCUUCUGAUCCAGCUGCUCUGCCACUGGUUUGCCAUGAGCUCCUCCUGCUGCAACCCCUUCCUCUACGCCUGGCUCCACGACCGAUUCCGAAACGGCCUGAAAGAGAUGUUCAGCUUCAAGCAGAAGGUCAUUCCCACCAACAACUGUGUUGCAGUCAGUGUCAUGCUUUGAGACCACAGACUUUCGUAGGAUCAAUGGCUCAUGAGUAAUAAGCAUUUAAUUGACCCAUCCAAAAAACAUCUCUGAUGUAAUUGAGUAGCAGAUAUUUUGUGCUGUAAUGCCAAACAACCUAGCUUUUAUGGGUACAUGUUGGAGCACACAUGUAUAUAUGUAUUGAAUUUAUACCCCACCUUUCCCUCAAAAUUUAAAAUAGAAACUUAGCUAAAUAGGGUACAAGACAAAAACACAGCACAUCACUUUCAAAUGACUUAUGAUUAAAAGUCAGAGACCACCCUAAACCAAAAGGCGUCAGCAUGCUGUGGCUCAGUGCUAUGAAAUCAUGGAAGCUGUGUCAUCUCUCUGGUCUAAAACAAAGUAUUUAAGGCUAUCUAUAUGUGCUUCUGGUGAAGAUUAGAACUUCUACAACUGGUUUGUUGACUAAGAGAUAAGGUGUUUCUCCUUGAAGCUAGGAAAAAGAAAUGUUCAGUUGGUGCAUGCAAAAGAUUGGGGAGAGAAAUUAGUACAUCAGCAUGCAUUUCUGAACUCACCUUGGGAUUAUAGGUUUGAGGACUAUUGUGGUGACCACCUCCAUUUCGAAAUGUUCUAUUACACAACUGAUUAUUAUGGAGAUAUUCGUUGGCAUCCUGUUCAGAAAUUAUGAGUUCAUAACUGGAGCUUAUCUUGUAACUGAUGGGGAUUCUUGUUGAUGGCCAUAAAGGCCUGAACAUGACCUCAAAAACCUACCUUUGGAGACCGCCAGCACUCCUGAGGCUCUUGGCAGCACUCUCUCUGUCAUAUGGUGCAUUGAGACAAGCAAUGAAGGCAGGACCUGGAGGGGCCUUCCCAGCCGCCUAUUUUCAAUGUGCUUCAUGAUCAGUUAAAGUGGUGUCAAAUUGUAUUAGUACCACAGUUUCCUCUUGCUGCAAGCUCCUACUGCUUUUACCAUGUACCUCUUUCUUUACAGAACAUAGAGUUCUGGGAAGCCUGCUAGUGCAGAUCCAGAAUUGCAAAGGCAUGAAAGGAUUGCUCUUUUUUUAGUACUCCCACAGGCCAACCACUGACUAGAACAUAUCCAAUUAAUUCUGGUUGACUGAGGGGAAAGAACAAGAAUACGGUUGUUGAUGCCUGUUGCAUAUUGUAGUGUUAGUUGUAGCAGCACAGGGGCCACUAGGUGGCAUUGGGUAAUAAAGUGAACGCGAUCAGA